AUAUGGAGAUUCGCAAGGCCAGUAAAUAAUUGUCCUCUCAAAUGCUGGAACAAAGGAUACUGUGCUUCAGAAAAUGGAACUUUCAGAUGCGUUUGUAAAGCUGGAUUUUCGGGAAAAUUUUGUGAAAUAUAUAACGCAUGCAGGAAGUCCAAGUGCUUAAAUGGUGGAACAUGUUAUACGAGUACAAGAUUACGCAUUCCCAAAUGUCUGUGCACAGCAGGAUUUCGAGGUGAAUACUGUGAAGAAAACAUAGACGAUUGUGAAUUCCACCAAUGCCAAAAUGCCGGAACCUGUAUUGAUAAAAUACAGAAAUAUUCGUGUUGUUGUCCACCUGGAUAUACCGGGAACCUUUGUGAGAAGAAAUUAACGUGUUUCCGGAAUGAUUGUAAAAACGGAGGAACGUGCAUUGUUGUUGGAAGAAGCGAAAGAUGUGUUUGUUUGAAGGGAUUUGACGGAAGACGUUGCGAAAUAAAUAAUCAGUGCCGUAAGAAUCCGUGUUUAAAUGACGGAAUUUGUGUUCCUUCUUUUCCUCGCUACGAAUGCAAGUGUCAGCCGGAAUUUACUGGAAGAAAGUGCGCUAAACGUAAGCCAUAUUUUUUGAGAUUAUUUAAGAGAUAA